AUGUCGCAACGAACCACCCUCAAGGAAUUCGAGGCCGUCUUCCCCAAGCUGGAGGAGGUCCUGCUGGCGCAUGCCAAGCAGUUCAACCUCCCUGAGGAAUACCUGAGGUGGUACCAGAAGAGUCUCGAGGUCAACACGCUCGGCGGCAAGUGCAACCGGGGCAUGUCCGUCCCGGACUCGGUCUCGGCGCUCCUCGGCAAGCCCCUGUCCGAAGACGAGUACUUCCAUGCCGCGACCCUGGGGUGGAUGACGGAGCUGCUGCAGGCCUUCUUCCUCGUCUCGGACGACAUCAUGGACAGCAGCAUCACGCGCCGCGGCAAGCCCUGCUGGUACCGCCACGAGGGCGUCGGCAUGGUCGCCAUCAACGACGCCUUCAUGCUCGAGUCGGCCAUCUACACGCUGCUCAAGAAGUACUUCCGCUCCCACCCGGCCUACAUCGACUUUGUUGAGCUCUUCCACGACGUCACCUACCAGACCGAGCUCGGCCAGCUGUGCGACCUGCUGACCGCCCCCGAGGACAAGGUCAACCUCGACAACUUCAGCAUGGACAAGUACCGCUUCAUCGUCAUCUACAAGACGGCCUACUAUUCCUUCUACCUGCCCGUCGCCCUCGCCCUGCACCAGCUCAACAUCGGCACCCCGGAGAACCUCAAGGUCGCCGAGGACAUCCUCAUCCCCAUGGGCGAGUACUUCCAGAUCCAGGACGACUACCUCGACAACUUUGGCCUGCCCGAGCACAUUGGCAAGAUCGGCACCGACAUCAUGGACAACAAGUGCUCUUGGCUCGUCAACCAGGCCCUGCAGAUCGCCACCCCGGAGCAGCGCAAGGUCCUCGAGGACAACUACGGCCGCAAGGACAAGGACAAGGAGGCCGUCAUCAAGAAGCUGUUUGACGACAUGAAGCUCGAGCAGCGCUACAAGGAGUACGAGGAGAAGGUCGUCGGCGAGCUGCGCGAGAAGAUUGCCAAGAUCGACGAGAGCAAGGGUCUCAAGAAGGAGGUCUUUGAGACCUUCCUGGCCAAGAUCUACAAGCGCAGCAAGUAA